AUGGCGCCUUCACAGCUCAAACAACUGAAGGCUUCCCUGCGCGAGCAUGGGCUCCGCGGCCCUCAAAAGUCUAAGAAAGAACGGAAGGCUACCGGGAAGGAUGCCCAAAAGCGAACUCAGCGCCACGCUGCCCUCGAGAGCAUCAGGGAACGAUUCAAUGUCUUUGAGGUCAAGGGCCCGAAAAGGGAGAAGUUCGAGGUUGCAACUGGACGGAGACCUCAGGCAUCUUCAGUACGUCCUGGCGUCACACGAGGCCUGGGUGAAGAGCGAAGACGGGAAACAUUGUUGAAAGAGAUGCAAACCCGCAACAAAAUCGGAGGCCUCCUCGAUCGACGAUUCGGAGAGAAUGACCCUACCAUGACGCCUGAACAACGAGCCGCCGAAAGAUUUGCCCGUGAAAACGAGCGGAGGCUGAGAAAGACGUCAAUGUUCAACCUUGAGGACGACAGCGAGGAAGAGAUGACACUUACACAUGGUGGAAGGUCAUUAGAUUUUGGAGGCGAUGUCCGGGAUGAUUUCGAUGAGGACGAUGUUCCUGCACCGGAUGAGGACGUCGCAGAUUUCGAGGCGCAAAAUGAUAGACCCAGGAAGAAGCUGCGGCUCGAGGACUCUGUUGAUGACGGCGGAAGUGAGGAAGAAGACGACGACGAGAUGCCAGCGCGAAAAAAAUCCAAGAAUGAAGUAAUGAAGGAGAUCAUUGCAAAGUCAAAAAUGUACAAAGCAGAACGGCAAGCGGCCAAAGCGGACGACGACGAUCUACGAGCUGAGCUAGACAAAGGGAUGGGAGACUUCUACGCGGCCCUUCGUGGACAUAACCCACCCGAGAAGCAGCAGGCCGCGGCACCAACCAACGAUGCCGAGCCACCUAUGGACCCCGCUCGAGCUGCGAUGUUGGCAGGCAAGAGUAGGGCAGAUGCAGAGAAAGAGUAUGAAGCGAACCUAAGAGAAUUGAAACUGGAGGCUCGUUCCAAACCUAGUGUUCGGACAAAGACAGCCGAGGAGAAGGCUGCUGAGCAAGCUGCAAGACUAGAAGAAUUAGAAAGGAAACGCCUGCGACGUAUGAAAGGCGAAGCAGAAAGCUCAGAAGAUGAAGACGAUGCCGGGCUUGGCCCAGAUGAGGACUUUGACGAAGACGACGCAGAAGCGUUUGGUUUGGCUGCCCCAGAAGCGGUUCCUAGAAAAGUGUUAGAUGUGGAGGACGAAGACGAAUUUGUUCUUGACGAUGACUUGGUUACCUCUGACUCUGAUGCAGAGAUGGCCAGUGAUCAGGACGAGGAUGAGGACGAGUUCGAAGAGGAGCCCGAAGAUGAUGGUGACGACGAUUUCAUAAAUGGCUUGGUCUUGCCACAACAACCCAAGCCGAAGACGCAAUCGACGGAAAAAGUGGUCGUCAGCGACAAUCUCGCCUAUACAUUUCCGUGCCCUCAAACCCACGACGAGUUACUGAAUGUGACAAAGGAUACCGAGUUCACCGAUCUACCAACUAUCGUCCAACGAAUCCGUGCACUCUACCACAAAGGGCUUGCCCAAGGCAAUCAACAGAAGCUGGAUGUGUUCGCUGGGGUGCUGUCACAGCAUAUUGCGUAUCUCGCCGACAACCACAGCGACGUGCCCUUUUCGGUGUUGGAAAGUCUUCUACGACAUCUCCAUUCCAUGGCAAAGGCCUCGCCGCAGGCAGUCGGUGUUGCCUUCCGUACUCACCUCGAGAGUAUAGCCGAAAAACGAGCUCUCAAGCUGUCUCCCGGAGAUUUGAUCGUCCUGACGGGUGUAGCGACAAUUUUUCCUACCUCUGACCACUUCCACCCUGUGGUUACCCCGGCCAUGCUGACCCUUGGCCGGUAUCUGGGUCAAAGCACUAUCCAAAGUGUGCAGGAUCUUGGAACUGGAGCAUACUGCUGCUCACUUUCCCUCCGUUACCAACGACUGGCCAAGAGACAUAUACCCGAAGUGGUUACCUAUGUUGUCAAUGCUUUGGCUGCUCUAGCACCUGUACCACUGCCCGAGCAAGACAAGGAUGGACGUCCACUGAACGUUCCAACUAGACUACCAAGGGUCCCGUUGCGAAUCAACUCACACACAAAUGCUCCCGAAAAGUUAGCCUUCAAGGAUCUUGUGAUGAAUGCAGACAUGCAAGAUGAUUCCUCGAAGCGUACGGCUCUAUUGAGUACGUUUAUUCGCAUCUGUGCGCAGUCUGCCACGCUAUGGAAGCAAAAAACCGCCUUUCCAGAACUGAUAGCCCCUUACAUUCAAGCUCUUAACCACGUCGUCUCCCACCCAAGCAAGCUCUCCAAGCAAACCGUUGCCCUUGCUUCUAGCACAUUACAAACUCUACAGUCUCUUCAAACUGCAUCCAUCGAGGCACGGAAGCCUCUGCUCCUGCACAACCACCGACCUUUGGCAAUCAAGAGCUCUAUCCCAGCCUUUAUCGAGAACUACAACCCAGAUCGCCACUAUGAUCCUGACAGACAACGAGCCGAGCUUUCGAAGCUCAAGGCAGAGCACAAGAAGGAACGAAAGGGAGCGAUGCGUGAGUUGCGGAAGGACGCAAAUUUCAUUGCCCGGGAGCAACUCAGAGAGAAGAAGGAGAAGGAUGCGGCGUACGAUAAGAAAUUCAAGAGGCUCGUCGCUGAGAUUCAAGGUGAGGAAGGUCGGGAGCAAAAGGACUACGACAGGCAGAAGAAGAAGAGACAGGGACGAUUCUAG